GCACCUGCGGGGCUGGCUGCAAUGGGGGGGCAAGCAGCAGCUCAAGCACAGCACAGACCGCCCUCCCAGCAGCAGCACCAGCAGCAGCCCUCCCAGCAGCAGCAGCAGCAACAGCCCUCCCAGCAGCAGCAGCAGCAGCAGCCGCAGCAGCAGGUGGGGCAGUCUGGGGCGUUUGCGUCGCCCAGCAAGCUCUCCUCCCAUGCUGCUCCCUUCGUGCCAGGAGCAGGAGGAGGAGCAGGAGGCAUGCCCACUCUCACAUACCCGCGCCCUUCAUCCGUCCCCUCCCAUCGCCACACAUCCGACCCCUGCCACCCCAUCCACAGGCGCAGGCGCAGCAGCAGCAGGCACAGCCACAGCUGCAGCAACCGCCACAACAACAACAACAUCAUCAUCAGCAGCAGCAGCAGCAGCAGCAGCAGCAACAGCAGCAGCAGCAACAGCAGCAUCAGCAUCAGCAGCAGCCGCCCAUGCACAAUGCGCACCUGAGCCAUCUCCCUCCCCAUACAAGUCAUGCUUAUCAUACCCAUACCCAUACCCAUACCCAUACCCAACACCACAGCCCGUCCCCUCCUCCCAACGCUUCCUCCUCACCCUCCCACCCUUAUGCCACCCAGUCGUACCCCUCGUCCCUCCCAGCAGCCGCUUUUCAACCUUACUCGUCCCAGCCCCUUCACCACGCAGCGCAACUGCAGCACCAGUCAGCCCAAGCGUACCCGUAUGCCCCAUCGCCAUCCCAUCAUCUUCCUUCCACUGUCCCCAUGGGUUUCCACGCCCAGCAGCCGGGCCCGCAGUCUCAAGCCAUGCCAUUCUCUAGUCACUGAGUUGCCUCUGCAGGAAUCACAUGCUCAAGUGCUGCCGUCGCAACCGCUACCAAAUCCGCAGCCGCAUCCGCAGCCGAAGCCACAGGUGCAGGCGCAAUCGCAAUGGCAGCCGCAGUCGCAGCCCACGGGUGCAGUCUGAAUCUAUAUCUGCUGUUGCAGAGGCGCACCAAUUGCACCACCAUGGAAGCUUCGACACGGACGUAGCAGCCCUACGGCGAGUGGCAGAGGCUGGAGGGGAAGCAGCAGCAAGAGGAACAGGAGCAGCAGGAUAACGAGGAGGAGGAUGAGCAGUUUCAAGCGGACCUGCAAAGAGCCAUGCAGCAGAGCAUUGAGGAUCUGGAGCGUUCAUCUCACUCCCACUACCAUCACUCCGCUGCCCGACACGCAUCCAAGCACCAAUCAGGAGCAGCCAUACCUCUCCAGCAUCAAUCAGUGUCGGCCUCUCUCUCCGC